AUGAGGUUGGAGCAGUCCUUGCCUCUCCUGGGACUCCUACUGUGCAUGGUUGGCACCGCAGCUCAGCAGGACGAUACCGAAGACCCGAAGGAAUUCCUGGUGGAGAUCUCCGGAACCACGGUGACAAUCACAUGUCCCUUCAGUGAUCCCACAUCCUGGGAGUUAAAUGGGGUGAACCAAGCUAAGAAGGAUGCAAAGCAUGUUAUAGAGAACCAUGACAGCUCUCCUGUCAAUGUGAGUUGUACAAAAGAUGGAAAGAAGUAUGAAAUGUACCUGAACGCCAGAGUGUGCGCAAACUGCGAGGAGCUGGAUGCCUUGGCAGUGACGGGGAUCAUCACUGCAGAUCUUCUCAUCACCUUCGGGGUGCUGAUUCUGGUCUAUUACUUCAGCAAAGACAGGAAGGGGAGAGCGAGCGCUAGUGCUGGUGGUCGGCCACGAGGUCAGAAGAUGCAGCGUCCUCCCCCUGUUCCAAACCCGGACUAUGAGCCCAUCCGGAAAGGCCAGCGGGAAGUGUAUGCAGGCCUGGAAUCCAGGGGCUUCUGA